AAAAUGGCUGCUGUACAAGUUGCGGGUUCCGUGCCUUGCAGGCAGUCGCGGGAGGCGCCGCGGGAAGCAACCCCUGAACGAGGCAAUGGGUUCCGCCGUUUGUCUGCCAGGCUCUGCGCCUUGCGGCCGGAUGACAGCAGCUCCGCCCGCACCGAGAUCCACCUGCUCUUCGAUCAGCUCAUCUCCGAGAACUACACCGAGGGCAGCUGCGUGGCUCCAGAGGACGUUAGUGCUCUUCUUGUCCAAGCUUGCCAACUGGUGCCUCUUAAUCAGAAUCAUCUUGUCAGCAAAGUGUCCCAGCUUAUCCACCAUUUACUUAACAGAUUACAGGUAAUUGUUGACGAACAGCACUUGGAUUUCCUGUUGGCAUAUACUAUUUCGGCUGUUCAUCAGUGUAGUUCCUGGACAUACAUGGAAAUUCUUCAAGCCCUGGCAGCUCUGGUUUACUGCAAUGGCUCAAAAUGUCAAAAGUACCUCCCAGAGCUGCUAGGCAAGACCGGGCUCUUACUGAAGUUGAGUGACUCGGCUCAAUCUGAUCCUGAAGUCAGGAGAGCUGCAGUACAUUGUAUGGCAAACUUAUGUCUCAGUGUGCCAGGACAGCCGUAUUUGGAGGAGCCCUACCAAAAUAUCUGUUUCCAAGCUUUCCUGACUAUUUUACAAUCUCCAAAAUCGUCUGAUAUGGAUGAUAUCACAUUUUGCAUGUUGUUGCAAAAUGCAUUAAAAGGUAUACAGUCACUUCUAAAUGGUGGGAGAAUGAAACUAACACAGACUGAUGAACUCGGAGCACUUUUAGCUGUGCUAAAGAAAUCCAUGUUUCACGGACUCCCUGGACUAAACAUAGAGAUGCCCACGGUGUUAUACCCAACUCCACUUCCUCAGUAUGAUGGGCGAACACCUAUCAAACCACAGCAAUCAGAAUCCAGUACUUCUCGACCAACUUUGAAUAAAAAGAAAAAAUCCAAAGUAAAACCAAAGAAAAUCCAGCAAGGAGAGGAGGAGGAGGAAAAGGAAUCCAGUGGUGAAAUAGAGGCAGCCCCAGUCACUGGCACAGGCAGAGUGAACCUGCAUGAAGGGAACACUUGGUGUCCCUCCUCCCUGGGUGUCCAGAGUUUGCCUUUAGAUGGAAGUGGAGCUGCAGGAAAAGAUGGAGUCUCCUCACCCUUCAGUUCUUCCAGUUGGAAAAGGGUCAGCAGUAGUGAGUCAGACUAUUCUGAUGCUGAAGGAGGCAUGCAGAGUAAAAUGAGGUCUUACCAAGCCAAAGUUCGCCAAGGAGCCUUAGUUUGUUUUCUUUCUACUAUAAAAUCGAUAGAAAAGAAAGUUCUUUAUGGCUACUGGUCAGCCUUUAUUCCCGAUACGCCUGAACUUGGAAGCCCACAGUCAGUGUCCUUGAUGACUCUUACAUUAAAAGAUCCUUCUCCAAAGACACGUGCCUGUGCUCUGCAAGUUUUAUCUGCCAUCUUGGAAGGUUCAAAGCAGUUUCUUUCUGUUGCUGAAGAUACCAAUGACCACAGAAGGGCAUUUACUCCCUUCUCCGUAAUGAUCGCUUCCAGCAUUAGAGAGUUGCACAGAUGUCUUUUGUUAGCUUUGGUGGCAGAGUCAUCCUCACAGACCCUUACUCAGAUAAUUAAGUGCCUUGCAAAUUUAGUAUCAAAUGCACCUUAUAAUCGUCUAAAACUCAGCCUGCUGACCAAAGUCUGGAACCAGAUAAAGCCUUAUAUCCGCCACAAAGAUGUUAAUGUUCGUGUGUCCAGUCUCACACUCUUGGGAGCUAUAGUGUCCACCCAUGCACCUUUACCUGAAGUCCAGCUACUUCUGCAGCAGCCGUGUUCUUCUGGACUCAGUAAUAGCAAUUCAGCAACCCCUCACCUCAGCCCUCCUGAUUGGUGGAAGAAAGCCCCUGCAGGACCCUCUCUGGAAGAAACAUCAGUUAGCUCACCUAAGGGGUCUUCAGAGCCCUGCUGGCUUAUUCGACUCUGCAUUUCCACUGUCAUACUGCCCAAGGAGGAUUCCUGUUCAGGUAGCGAUGCUGGCUCUGCAGCAGGAAGCACCUACGAACCUUCCCCCAUGCGACUGGAGGCCUUGCAGGUAUUGGCUCUUCUGGCAAGGGGCUACUUUUCAAUGACUCAAGUCUACUUGAUGGAGCUUGGAGAGGUGAUUUGCAAGUGCAUGGGGGAAGCAGAUCCAUCCAUUCAGCUUCAUGGAGCAAAGCUUCUGGAAGAACUGGGCACAGGUUUAAUACAGCAGUAUAAACCGGAGUCUACCGUAGCACCUGAUCAGAGAAUACCAGUCUUCUUGGUGGUGAUGUUCUGGACUAUGAUGCUGAAUGGUCCUUUACCCAGAGCCCUGCAGAAUUCGGAGCACCCAACUCUCCAGGCGAGCGCCUGUGAUGCCCUGUCUUCCAUCUUGCCAGAGGCCUUCAGCAAUCUGCCGAAUGACAGGCAGAUCCUGUGCAUCACAGUGCUGCUCGGACUGAAUGACAGCAAGAAUCGCUUAGUGAAAGCUGCAACCUCGCGGGCCCUGGGAGUCUAUGUGCUUUUUCCCUGUCUCAGACAGGAUGUCAUAUUUGUUGCAGACACAGCAAACGCGAUAUUGAUGUCACUUGAAGACAAGUCUCUGAAUGUUCGGGCCAAAGCAGCCUGGUCCCUAGGCAACCUGACAGACACUCUGAUUGUCAACAUGGAAACACCAGACCCAAGUUUCCAGGAAGAGUUCUCUGGUCUUCUGCUCUUGAAAAUGUUACGAUCAGCUAUAGAAGCAUCCAAGGAUAAAGACAAGGUAAAAAGCAAUGCUGUCCGGGCCCUUGGAAAUUUGCUUCAUUUUCUGCAACGCUCUCAUGUAGAAAAACCCACAUUUGCAGAAAUCAUUGAGGAGUCUAUCCAGGCCCUAAUUUCCACUGUUCUAACAGAAGCUGCCAUGAAAGUCCGAUGGAAUGCUUGUUAUGCAAUGGGAAAUGUUUUUAAAAAUCCUGCCCUUCCAUUAGGAACAGCCCCAUGGACCUCCCAGGCCUACAACGCCCUGACAUCGGUCGUGACAUCGUGCAAGAACUUCAAAGUGCGCAUCAGAUCUGCUGCUGCCCUUUCCAUCCCGGGCAAGAGAGAGCAGUAUGGGUCUGUUGACCAGUAUGCUCGGAUCUGGAAUGCAUUGGUCACUGCCUUACAGAAGAGCGAAGACACCACAGACUUUUUGGAAUUCAAGUACUGUGCCAGCCUACGGACCCAAAUCUGCCAGGCACUGAUUCACCUCCUGAGUUUGGCCAGUUCCUCAGAUCUGCCUUGUAUCAAAGAAACCCUUGAACUGAAUGGGAAUAUGGUCCAAUCCUAUAUCCUACAGUUUUUAAAAUCAGGAGCAGAGGGAGAGGGCACCGGAGCACCCCCCAGCCUACAGGAAAGAGAUCAAAUGGUCAGGAUGGCCCUGAAGCACAUGGGCAAUGUCCAGGCACCGACUGGAGACACAGCCAGAGGGGCCAUCAUGGGCUUUUUAGAAGAGAUCCUGGCUGUUUGUUUUGACUCAUCUGGAUCACAAGGGGCACUCCCAGGGUUAACAAAUCAGUGAAGAUCCCACCAUACUUUAUAGAUGUCGAAGGUGGCAAUAGGAAGACCUGAGCUUGAGCAAAAGGUACGUGGGAUUUCAUCUUACGGGCAGAAACAAUCCAUUCACUGUUUAUUUAGAAUGACUUAGCAGUGAUUUAAAUUUUCACAGAGUGGCUCCGCAGCACUGGCCAUGGUCAGGCUUGUUGGAACCUUUGACCUGUGCAUCCAGGAGCCCAGGAGUCAGGUUGUAUUAUGGGCCAAGCAGACAGGGGGGCUUUGAGUGCAGUUAGUCUCAGAAAAAAAAAAAAAAAAGGUAGGAUUUAGGAAUUACAGUAUUGUAUAUUAUGUCUGUAAUUGUGUAAUAAACUAAAGAGAAAUAGUGUGACCACAAUCUCCUGUUGUUACCAAGUUGUAUUUCUAGAAAGCUGCAAGCAGAGCUGCAGUUCAGCCAGUUUGUACUGGCGCAGCCGUGCAGGAUACAAGGUUACUGACAGUUCCUCACAGUUGAUAAGGAGCUUCUGCUCUGAGCUUCUGGAGUGCCCGUGUUCCCGCUGAUGGCCUUCUCUGCCACACUUCCCCUCCCACAAUCCAAUAACCAGAGUUAACUCCCAGAAAGUAGGACCCUUUAGCCUAGGCCACAACAUCGACUUCCUAAAUUUCCUGAUGCCCUUUUGGAGAUUGUGAGCCCACACACUAAAUUAUGGUUGUUUCGCCACCUCUUAAUUUGUGCCUUUAAGAAAAGAUGAUCUGGUUAAUUUAGUUGGUUACAAAGAGGAGUUUCAAAUUAUAUUUUGAUAAUGCCCCCAAAAGUUAUGAAAGUAAUUUCUACUGAAUACAUAUAUUUAAAUUUUACUUUUCUCUAUUGAACACCUACAAUUUAUUGGAAUUGAUUUCAAUUAGGAAUGUAGGGAUAUAUAAGAACAAAUUAAAGUUUUCCAUACUUUGAUGUGGGACAAUUAAGAAGAUACAAAAAAUGGGUUUUGGUGAUAUUUAAUCAUCGUAUCUAGCUUAAAAUACAUGCUUAAAGGCAUGUGUCUUCCGUUUUUCUCCUUUGCCUUUUAGUUGCUCUUUUCCUGCCUCUGAUAUGUUGUUGGAGGCUCAGAAACUGCUCUCUGGGCAGUGAUGGGGGAACAGAGUAUUAAAGUUCACUAAAGGCUCAGUUUUCCAUUGAUAGAAUAUCAGUUUCCACAGAAUUAAGACUGUAAGCACAGCAAAGACACUGAAAUUGGAUGCCUUUAAAUUGCUUCUUUGGAGAUAACUCUGAACAUGAAGUGUUAUAGAGGGCCCAGGAAACUAAGUUGAGCCCGCCUGACCCUGUGAUGAGUCUUGGAACUUCCUUCUCUUGAAUACAUCGUAGUAGUAGCUUCUUGGCAUUUUCAGAAAAGGAAAAAUAUGGCAUAUAUAGCUUAUUACUAUGAUUCUUUGAGUUUUCUCAGGUGAGUUUUUUAUAAAACAUUUGUGAAGUGGC